AUGUGCGGACGAUUUGCAAACGCGCAGCCCAUUCCGCAAUACCGCGCCGCCGUGCGCGAACAGCUCCCUGACCGACGCGAUCCUACACCCGCCCCGGACGCCGACGACUACACUCCUUCCCACAAUGUCGCGCCGCAAACCAGAUGUCCUGUAGUACGUAGGGAGCUCUCUUGGGAGCGCGAGCGUCGUCUGCGCAAAACGACCAAUCCGACGCCGCAAGAUCGCCAGUUCCAGAUGAUCAUCCAGACCAUGAAGUGGGGCCUCAUCCCGCGCUUCCACAAGACGCCCCCGAGCUACGGCGAGGCGUACAAGACGAUCAAUGCACGCGACGAUACCAUCCUCUCGCCUCAGCGCUCCAUGUGGCAUUCUCUGUUGCCAGCUCAGCGCUGCGUCGUCUUUGUUCAGGGCUUCUUCGAAUGGCAGAAACGCGGCGCCGAGGGAGACAAGGUCGAGCGCAUUCCACACUUUGUAGGCAUGACCGAGCCUGGUCUUGGGCGUGCCGACAAGCUCGGUCACGAAAAGCGCCUCAUGCCUCUCGCUGGUCUUUGGGAACGAGUCCGAUUCGAGGGCGAAGAUAAGCCGCUCUACACGUUCACCAUCGUGACGACGGCGAGCAACGACCAGCUGGGCUUCUUGCACGACCGCAUGCCGGUCAUCCUACCCACGAAAGAGGCGAUCGCGACGUGGCUCGGCUUGGGUGCGGAAUCCAAGUCCGAUGCGCAGGUCAAAGACGGGAUGAAUGUGGACGACUCUUGGAGCACGGAGGUAGCCAAGCUGUUGCGGCCAUUGCAGGGAGAGCUGGAGUGCUACAAGGUGCCCAAGGAGGUUGGCAAAGUCGGCAAUAGCGACCCGAGCUUUCUUCUGCCUGUCGAGGAGAGGAAGGAUGGAUUGAAGGCGUUUUUCGCAAAGCAAAAGCAGGCAAAGCCUGACUCUCACUCGGCGGAUCCGGACGCAGAGAAGGCGGAAUCGUCAAAACGCACAACUGGUAACGAUGUGACCUCCUCAGGCAAGACUGAAGAGUCGGACACGGUUUCGCAAGAUACGGUGGCGAUCAUGGCGACAGAGCAAGCGGAGGAAGAAGCGGCACUCGUCGAGGCGGCUGCUCGAGCGGAACAGGAAGAGGCUGACCGCAAGCUAGCCGAACAGAUGCAGCGCGACUUGGAGCACGACUCGAGCUCGCACGAAUCUGUCGUCGAUGCAGGCGAGUCCUCGCGUGCCAGCUCUCGGGCCACUUCCGUCGUUGUCGUAGACGACGAUGACUCGGUCGAGGCAGACGAGGUUGGCGAUGGCUUUGGUGUUCCCGAACACGGAUCCCGCGAAGACUCGUCGGAUCGAGCGAGCAAGCGCCCGCGCGUGGAGCCUUCAUCGCGCUUUUCGCCUGAUCCGUACAACCCACCCGUCUCGCCACCACGACCACGCGGAGGAUACAGCCGCAAGCUAUCGCCUGCAAGUGGAGGCGGCAUCCACGUCACACCCCCACGCAGGAAGAAGGGAUCACGUCCGCACGAGCCUUUCCCACAAGCUCCACCACACACCUGGUCUUCACCCAAGAAAGAGCAUGGGAGGGGAGAUAUUGGCGAUAUGCUCAAACAACAGGCUGCGAAACAGCCGCGCUCUCCAUCCAAAGCGAAUGAAGCUAGCAGUGGCGGGGCGAGGAGAAAGGAUGCGGCCAAAGGCGCCGAUAUCAGAGCAUUCUUCUCACCCACUAAGCCGACUUCUCCAUCCAAGUAG